UAUUAUACUCCUACACCAUUACCAUUCUCCUCUUUUAGUUCCUCAUUCAUUUUCUCCAUUCACUCACAUAAUUUCUUUUUCUUAUUUCUUUUAUGCAAUUUUAACCGUUAAUUAUGGGAAACUGUGUUUUUAAAGAUUACUAUAAUAAUACAACCGCGUCAAAAUUAGAUGAUCAUAAUCAUUCUGACCGCCGCCAACAAUACAUAUUGGCGGCAGAACAAACGUCUAUGAUCAAAGUUGUAACAACAACGGGAGGUAUUAUGGAGCUUUAUGCUCCAAUCACGGUUGAGCAAAUUACAUCCGAAUUUUCAAACCAUGGGUUAUUUCUUAACCCGAACCCGACCCACCCGGCACUUUCACACAACGAAAUUUUAACCCCGGGUCAUCUUUACUAUCUCCUUCCUCUUUCUAUCUCUUCCCCAACCGACACUACAUUAAUAGGGAAAGAUAGUGUGUUGGCAACCGCCCCUUAUAGGAUGUCGGUAGAUGUGGGUACCCGAAUGGUGUACAAGAAUCAACCCGACCCGGAUGUUGUGCCCAAGUAUAAUGGUACGGGUGUAUGGAAAGUGAGGCUGGUUAUAAACCCGGAGCAAUUGUCAGAGAUUUUGUCGCAAGAUAAUAAAACUCAACAGUUGAUUGAGAGUGUCAGAACUGUUGCUAAAUGUGGUAGUGGGUCCACUAGUAAUUGUUGUUCUUCUACUAGUGGUGCUAAACCGGGGUCGUUUUUGUCGUUAUCGUCGUCAUUGGCAAGUACUCCUCGAUCCCGCUGACCGAAAAAAACGUGUAGAUGAGAUCAUGAGAGUAAUUGAAGCAAAUCUAAAAAAAUAUUGGCAAACAUCAAAGGAAAUCUCAUAUUAUAGCAAUUUGAGUGGAACAAUUAUGAUCAUGUUCAGUAUACUCUGCUCAUAAAAGUUUGAGUAAUCAAUGUAAUAGUGAUAUUUAUUCGGUAGUAAGUGUUUCAUCUGACUUAAUUAAUAGUGUUAAUAAUAAAGAUAUUAUUGUCUUAAAAUAUGGUAUUAUUAUGUCGUCCUGUAUAAAUGUAAUAACGUGCUUAGGUGUGUUAGUUAGGAAAAGAUUAUAUGUUAUUGUAUGUUAUUUACUUUUUCCAUUGUAGUUCGUUGGCUAUACUUGGUGACUAAUGUUUAAAUAACUAUUGUAAUUUUCUUUCAUAAGGUUUUGGUUUGUAGUGAUGAAAUUUGCAAAAAUAAUUAAGUAUUCCAAUGCAAUUAAUGCAAUUUCUUU